AUGAAAAUUCGGAAAGGACAUUUAUUUUUUAUGUUAGAAAAAAGAUAUAUUACAGAAAAAACUAAAAAUGAUAAACAGCAAUGUAAUUGUAAAUUAAACAAAGAAAAAAAAUCGUAUCAAAAUAAAGACAUUAAAAAUAAAUGGGUGCUCUAUAAAAAUAGUGAUUUAUUAUUAUUUCUUAUCUUAAUAGUUAUAUUAUUUCAGGAUAUAUAUUCAUACAAUAAAUGCACAAAGGUACAUCUCUUAAAAUUUAGUCCUAAUUUCGUAAGAGUAUUAAGUGAUUUAUAUUAUCAAAACCAACAUGAUUAUAAUUUGCAUGAUGUGAGUGGACUUUCAUCACUAGGAUAUAAUUCUAGAGAGAGUGCAUCUACUAUUAAUAGAAAUAAUUUUAAUGAUAAUAACUUAUCAAAUAAAUAUCAAGGUCAAGAUCAAGAACAAAGGAAUAUUAAUAAAGGAACUAGUUCUAAGAUAUUAAAAGAAUCAAGGAUUGCAAAUACAUCUCAAUCUAACAUUAAAUGUUUAGAUGAUGAUUUAAGUUUUUUAGAACAAUCUUUUAAAAGCAUAUCUUUUAAUACAGAUAAAGAAAAAGAUAUAAAUAGUGGGAAAAAUAUAAAUAAUGGGAAAAAUAUAAAUAAUGGAAAUAGUUAUAAAAUAUUAAACGAAUCUAUAACUGGAAAUACUACUAAUAAUAAUAUUUAUAAUAAUAAUAAUUCAAGGGAUAAUAUUCAUAAUUUCGGAAAAACUUCUUCAGGUGUUCAUUUACAAAAUAGGAAUCCAGGAGGAGGUAAUAGUGAUAGUAAUUCCCAAAUGUUUAGAGGAAAUAAAUAUGACAAGAAAAAUUAUAAUGAUAGUAAUAAUUAUAAUAAUCAAAAUAGUAGUAAUUACCAUAGUCAAUAUUCAAAUGGAUAUAACAAUAAAAUGGAUGGUAGGAACACAUCACAAGGAAAUUUUCAGAGAGAUCCAUAUAUAGAAGAAAAUUCAAGAAAUUACAAUAAUAUUUCAUAUAAUAAUUAUUCAAGCCAUACAGAAAAUCCAUAUAAUAAUAAUAAUUAUUAUUAUUAUGGUUAUGAAAAUACUACCAAUACGUAUCAUAAUAUGGGACAUGGAAAUCCUCAAACAAUUUCUAUAGAAGAAUGGAACGAAGGAAUGUAUUCAAUGUCAAAUAACUAUAAUACAUAUAACGAUCCAUAUUAUGAUAGUUAUUAUGAUGAUAAUAAAUGGAAUGAUGAUUUUCUUGUUAUGGAAAAAGAAUUUGAAAAACUGGUUCAUCAAAAACAUGGUGAAAAUUAUAAUCAUGAUAAUAUGUAUAAUACAUAUAUUAAUAAUUCAACAUAUCAAGGUCAAAAUUACAACCCAAGUAAUAUUGAUGAUUAUUUAGGAACUAUAGAUGAAGCUUUUGAAAGGGUGCAUUUUAAAGGACAUAAUAUUAGAAAUUCUAGUAUUAAUACAAAUUUUAAUUAUGAAGAUUAUAUGAAAGGGAAUAUGAAAAUUGAUUUCGUUGAUAGUUCAGAUGAAGAAUUUGAAAGUAAGUUUAAUAAUUCCUCUGCUCAGAAAAAAAAAAGCAAAAAGAGCAAAGUACAAAAUUUGAGAACAACAAGUCGUACAUUACAUAGAGAAGAUUAUAAUAAUAGUGAUGAUGAUGAUGAUAAUGAUGAUAAUGAUGAUAAUGUUGAUCAUAUUUGUAAUGAGAGUGAAUAUGAAUUUCCUACUAAAAAUAAUGAUUAUGAAGACAAUUCUUAUGAAACUGAAGGAGAAACACAAGGAUCGUCAUAUUCUGAUAAUAAUAAAAAAAAAAAAAAAACAGAUAAUAUGAAUAAAAUUGUAAAAAAAGAUUCUUCUUCUGAAAUACAACAUUCUAAAAAGGAAAACAUGAACCAAUUAUAUGCAGUCUUUCAAAGUGAUACCGGAAUUGAUGUAAAGUGGAAUACUUCGAAAGAAAAGAAAGUAAAUGAAUCAAAUAAAAAAGAAAUAACUAGUUUUGAAGAAAAUUAUACAGAAAAGGAAAUUAAUGAUAUUAUUUCAAAACUAAAUGAAUUUAUAAGUUUGAAAGAUAUGUUUAUUAUAUUUAAUCAUGUUAAAAGAAUUGAAAGGAAAAAAUUUCUUCAUAUGCAAAAAGAUAUGAAUGAAUAUAUAGAAAAAUGUAUACAAAAUUAUAAAAUGCCUGGUUAUAUAAAAAGGAAAUGUAUGGCUAAAGCAAAUUUUAAUAUGACUGCUGAUUACUUGGAAUUGGAAGGUAGAAUUUUACAGAAUUUUUAUACUUUGUUAUAUAAGGGAAAUAUGAGCAAGUCUAAUUUCAUUAAACUAAUACAGGAACAAAGAAAUUAUUGGUUGAAUCAAAGAACACAAUUGAAUUCUAUUUGGAAAGAUGAGAUUGAAAAAAAAAUGAAGUGGUAUGCAUUUCGUUUAAAAAAAGAUAAAAGUAUUGGAGAGUGGAUUGCAUUCCUUGCUAAGGAGUAA